CACAGACCCCCAAGACAGCACAAGAGCGCUCCAAAAGUGACCGACGUGACCUCCAGAUGGCCCAAGAGGCCUCCAGGACGGUCCCAAAGAGGCCUCCAAGAGCACUCCCAAGAAUCCGUAGCCAUUUUGGCUCAAGCCAUUGUGGCUCAAGGGAGGCCUCGCUUCCUUCAGGUGAGAAGGCGCAAUCAUUUGACCUGCUGACAGCAGGCGGGCGCGAAUCUGACCAGCAUGUCGAAGACUCCCAUGACUCUGCCGAGAAGGCUUGGAUUGUUUUUCGAAUUGCCCACGCUUUGUAUCAUGAUCGUGACCAUGGUUGCACUUUCUUGGCCGCUGGUGGUUGCCUUGCGAGGCUGCCAGGGAUGGAGCCUGGUCGAGUUGUGGAAGCCACCUGCCGAAUCAGAGCAGUCGACGUCAUCAGAAAGUACCCUCAAGGAGAUUGAAGCGGAGGAGUCUCUUGGGUCCGCAGAGAACAGCGAGGCUGGCGAGGAUGCUGAGAACCGUGCAGUUGGCGUUCUGAGGAUGAGUCCUGGACUGAGUCCAACAGUUCACCCGGGUCCCAAGCCCUGGUCCAGGACCCAGACGGUUACCAGUCCAUCGGUCACCAGGCGCACAGCGGGACCCUUGGGAAAGCCGACCGCUCUGAUCCAUAUCGGGCCGUCCAAGACGGGGACGUCGUACAUCCAAAGUGCCUUGAUGGCGUCCCGGGACAAACUCCUCGGAAUGAAUAUACUACGUGCCGCCGGUGGAGGGACGUCAAAAGCCAGCGCAUCAUUUUCUUGCGCAACCAACUCGAAACCAGGCCGCCAUGACAGCCUUCCAGGAUAAGCUCAGCGAGGCAGUGGCUAAAGGCCAGCACGUGAUCGUCAGCUCCGAGGCGCUUUCCCUCGUGAGUCCAAAGUUGAUAUCGUCGCUGAAAUCUUUAUUUUCGAAGUUUGACAUCAAGGUGGUGCUCACUUACCGGCCAUUCCUCGGUCGGACGUGGUCUGCGUACAAGCAGCACCUCAGUCAACACAACCCCCGCGAAAUCGGCGUGUCGUUCGCCGAAUAUUAUGGGAAGGCAUCCCGAUCAGGGACAGAUGGCGCAGGAUUGUGUGGGUACGCCGCCAGCAACUAUAUUCAAGGAUUUGGCCGUGGCAGCGUUUUCAUAUUAGAUUACCUGGGGGCACAGAAAGACGGCGACAUUGUGAAUAUGCUGCUGUCUGCCGUUGAUUUACCGACUUUCGAGGAGCCGCUCGAACGAGUCCACGUCGUGCCAGGAUUGACUUCCGACCAGGCUGUUUAUUUCCAAAUGUGGCACUUAUUCUGGAAAUACAUGUUUGAGCAUCACCACUGCGUAUUGGAGAUGCCGCCGAGGCAAAUGCUCGCGUACAAGGUUGACGCGAUGGUCAAGCACCACACCAUGCCGAGGAAGUGUUUGGACAUGGAGCCGAUGAAGAAAUACGCACUCAAAAUGGAUGCCAAUUUCCGAGCUGCGUUUGGAGACCGCAUGUUGCACUUCCGCCCAGAUUUGUCAGAUAAUGAGACUACACAUUUCGAGAUCUGCGAGCUAGACCACCAGAUUGUCAGGAUGGACUGGAAUGAUUUGUUCGAGAAGCAUGCCGAAGCUCUUUUGAGCAACUCAUGCCAGAAGCAGGAGAAGCGGUGACCAGAUCGAGUUGCACCUCAGGAGCGUCUGGUCGAGCGCAGUUGGAGGAGCCCCCGAAACAUCGGAAUGAUGUCUCGCACUGUCGUUCCCCUUCUGCUGUGUUUUCUGCUGCUGCUGCUUUCCGCAGCGAGGCUGCUGCUGCAGUCUCUGGCGCCGCUCCUCUCUGGCGGCGGCUGCCGUGGCAGCCUCGCCCUGCCGGAUCCGCCCUACUUUGGGGAAAUUCGUAAGUAGGGCUUGGAAUUUCCGCCUUACUUUUCAAGCCCCGCUGAUGCCAAUUUCCGCCCUACUUUUCUGUUGUUGUUUCCGCCCUACUUCUGUGGAUUUUCG